AUAUAGUGAAUGCCGGGUCCGGGGAGACCAGAUAUAGUGAAUGCAGGGUCCGGGGAGAGCGGGUAUAGUGAAUGCAGGGUCCGGGGAGAGCGGAUAUAGUGAAUGCAGGGUCCGGGGAGACCAGAUAUAGUAAAUGCGGGGUCCGGGGAGAGCGGAUAUAGUAAAUGCAGGGUCCGGGGGAGAGCGGAUAUAGUGAAUGCGGGGUCCGGGGAGAGCGGAUAUAGUAAAUGCAGGGUCCGGGGAGAGCGGAUAUAGUGAAUGCGGGGUCCGGGGAGACCAGAUAUAGUGAAUGCGGGGUCCGGGGAGACCA